GGGUUUUGUAUAUUAUGACAAAGAAUAUUAUAAUUACACUAUAAUAAGCUUUAUUCACCAAAUGUGGAAUAGACUUUGCAAAAAUAGAAAAAGAUUUGACAAUGAGUUAUUGUCAACUGGUACUUUUCAAUGGUAUAUCAUACGACCGAUGCAUUGGAUAUGGACGUAUAUAAUUCGUGGUAUCUUGACGUCCAUGAUUCUGAUAAUAGUUUGGCCUAUAUUAUGCAUUUUGUGUUCGACCACUUCAAUAUUAUUUGGUCUAUUGUCAAUACCUGUGAUACCAUUACUAUCAUUACUCGCCCAUUUACUUGGUUUGUUGUUUUGGAAUGCAUACACACCGGUUAUUGGAUCUAAUCGUCUAUUCCCGUUAUUCGAGAUUAUUUUUUACCAAUUCUUGUUCAAGUCAGUUCUGCAGUUUUUAGUCAGUGUAUCAUGUGCAUUUAUAUUAUGCCCUAUUUGGUUUCUACUUUAUCUUUUAUUCACUGUAACUAAAUAUCUACUGUAUACCUUGUGGGAUGCUUUCGUAUUUCACCUUGUGUUCAAACUAGUCACCCGCAUACCAUGUCAAGAAAAUUGUUCUGUAAAACGUACUAACAAUCCUGGAACUGCUCGAAGCAUUUGCUUACUGGCCCGACCUGAAGACGUUUUAAUUAUACUUAGUGUGAAAUUAGAAUAUUUGGAAUUGAAUUUAUGGAAAAGUCAAAUGGAAUCUCUGGCUAAAAAACCUAUCAUUGUGUAUAAGUAA